CCAUUAUUAUAUUCCCAAUGAAGGUAACGAAUUCUUCAAUGACGCCACGUACUUCGAACAAUUCAGCAGAAGUGCGAGCCCCGAUGCAGGUGCUCUGGAUCCAGCUCUAUAGAGUGGGACUCCUGUACAACCGUUUGAGGAUACUUAUACACCUCAGUCUGACAACUUGAAUUAUUCUGGACACAACAACUACAUCACCACAGAAACGAACUAUGAAAAUUGGGAAUCCACGAUGUUAGAUCUCGAGUCUGACAUCAACCCGGGCCUCAGCCAACCAAUGACGGAAACAGAAAGUAACGCAAAACAUAACAACAAAAAAUUAUUUCAAGAGUUGCCAAUGCCCUCGGCGAAAGAAUUCGUGGCAGCAAAGGACGGAAAGUUCUACUGUGACCACGAAUAUGUCACGGAAAAAGGGGAGUGGUAUUGUGGAAAGGUGUGUCCCACCGGAAGGGACUUCAGAAAACAUGUGCGGACACACAACCCGCCGGUGCUGUGUCCAGUACUAGAUCUUUAUGAUGAGCCUUGCCAAGUCAGAACAGCCGAGCAGAGAGAUAUGCGGAGACAUGCUCUUGUCAAUCAUCCCCAGUGGGCUUGGGAGAACCAAAAAGAGUAUGGGAUCGAAUUUGAGUACCUGUGGAAAUGUGAAUGUGGAACCGUUUUCACGCGGGAGGACAACCUUGACCGGCACCGCAAAAAGUACCGCAAAAAGUGCCUCGACGAAUCCAGUAGAUGAUGUUAUGUUUUUCCUAAAUCUCUUUAUCAGUAAAUUGUUGCUUACGCCACCUGAUUUUAUCAAAAGAACCCUAUCUGGGCAACUCUUUAACGACUAACGAUGCAUUAUUUUCCUUUACUAUAUGUACGCUCCGGGUCAUGCUUUCAGCUCAUCUCAGAGAUCUACAGAUUGUUAUUAUUCACUACUCA